AUGUCUUCCUUUCCCAAUGGUAUUCCACUUUCAUUGCGCCCAGCACCAAAAUCAACCACUGGCUCCAUCCCCUUACCUAUAUUAAUCGCAAGAAUCAAUGCCGAACGUGGUGGUUUUCGUAAUCUCUCCGAGGAUAGUUUACGACAAGAAAUCGCAGAAGCAGAACUUGGAGAGAAUGACGAGGAGAAUGAAAGUUUUAGUGAAGAUGGAGAAACAGAGGAGGAGCCUGCAGAUCGUAUGAAGGAGCUCUUGACCGCAAGAGAUGAGAUUCUUGGCCAAAUUGAACAUGCACAUAAUGCCGCCAUGAUAUCUCUUGACUUCAUAUCCCUCCUCCUUUCCAAAGAUGCGCCUGUACAAGCUAGCACAUCAAUAUCACCAUCACUUCGGGAAUUGGCCGGAAUGGGUACCUUGGGUGCGGAUAAAACCGUACAGUCACGAAUUACAGAUGUCCAAAAGCAAGAAAACAAAAGGAUAGCUAAAGGGUGGAAAGCGUCCAAUCUCAAUAAAACAGUGGAUUCAAUUUUAGCAUCUGCGACAAGAUUGGAGAAAGAAAUUGACGCGGAAACGAAAUACUGGGAGCAAGUUCUCGCUGUCAGUGAGAGUGGAUGGGCAGUAUGCCGCUUACCUCAAGAGAAACAUACGUUGGGUGUUAGAUAUGGAUUUGUAGAAGCCGCACCGGCAUUUAGAAAUCGUAGUCUUGGAGCACUUCGACGAAAUCCUGAUGGAUCAAUAUAUCUGGACCAAGGGAUCGCCAGUCCGGAACCUCAAUGUUUACGUGUUUUAAUCGAAACCAAUGGGGCUAUAACUGGAGAAACAAUACUUCCCAAAGCCGUUCCAGAAGAUGCACCGAUUCAAGACUUAAUUCUUCAAGCACGAAACACUAUUUUCGUAUCCGAACUUUGGCAGGAAAUGUCUCGAGAAGUGAGAAAUCUCGCGUCUCAUGGCCUACAAUCGGAUUCCAACACAAACACAAUCACCCUUCCACUUUCUUCGACCAAAAAGAUCCUAAUUGAGCUUCAAACCUUACCUAACGAUCCAUUCCGACCUGUUCUAGGCCCACGGCCAGAUUCAUACCUUGCCAAUGGUAUUCAUCUAACUCUUCAUCUUCUACUUUCUCUCUCACAUCGCCGACAACAUCGUAUCCGGACUAGUCCACCACCACCCAUAUCUGGCCAACUUCGUCCGAACAACCCAUUCCCCAUUCUACGCUCUCUUCUUACCCGCCUCUCCCAUGAAACCAUCAUUUCUUCUAUCCACUCCCUCCUCACGCCGCUCUGCACGACGCUUACCUCUGCCUCCCUUCCCACUCCACCAACCUACACCAUUGCCCCCGGAACCUCUCCCCUCAUCCCAAAGUCCUCAACCCCCGAAAACAUACUUACAGCUCUAACCAAUCAGCUCGAAUCCCUAACCACCAUCACGUUCCCUCUUCCUCUUUCAUCACCACCUCAUUCCUCCAUACCUUCAUCCUUUUCCCAUACAACACCUCUCACCCCUUUACCAUCAAUCCUCCAGAUCCGCACUAUGACUGCUACUCAAAGUCACUCUCGUCCAGUCUACUAUCUACGCAUCACACCAGAUACUUCCCCUCUACUUGAAAUAUGUCCCCCACCUCAAACAGUUCCAGAGUGGGAUUAUGCAAAGGAAUAUAUUCUAUGGGCUGUAGGAUGUUGGUUAGCUCAUAUUUUUUCCUUUUCUUCAAAAGAAGAUGCAGGCGGAUGGAAAUCAACUCCGCAAGCAAAUGUUCUUCGGAAAGUUUUUUCGGGACCGGGUGACAAAGGAGGAGUUAAGCAAAUGAGUUUUGAGGUUUUUUCGGUUCCUAUUCUGGGUCCCGCACCGCCAACCAAGCUGGGAGAUAAGAGAAAGGAAAAGAUCAAAAUCACCGUAAGAUGGGAAUGGACGACCGGGGCAGAACAAGAAUGGAAAGAUAAAAGGGAUUUGAAAGAGGCGGAGGGGGUGUAUGAUUGGUAUAGUGGGGUUAAUGUAACGGGCGGUGGAGAUUUGGAAGAAGUGAUUAGAACGAUCGGAGAGGUUGUUCAGGAGGCGGGGAGGGGAAGAGCAUAG